GGGGGCGCCGAGUCCAAGGGCACCAGCGGUCUGUGGGCCCCGGGCGGGGAGCUGGGGCCGAGCCCAGGCGGCGGGAGAGAGGGCGCGUCUGAUUCAGGAAGUUGUGUCUCUGACAUCAGGGGCAGGACGGAGUUGGAGCGAAACCUCAGAAAUGUGAGGCUUCAGCCUCGGGAGGGCAAAGAACGCACAGGGGGCUUUCCUCGCGGUGAGGGCAGGUACGCGCGGCGCCCGGCCCCCACCUACCCCUCCGCGCCGCACCUGGCUCCGCAGGGGGGCGGGCUUCCGCACAGGGACCUUGACCUCCGCCGGGACCCCUGCUGUCAGACGGGCCGCGCCAGACCCCGGCGCCACCGCGCCUGUAGGAAGCCCUCCGGUGGACUGCGAGCUGGUAACAGGUGCAUGCCCAAGCCCAGGGCUCGAAGAGGAAGAAAUUGCAAGUGGACAAGGCUGUCUCAGCUUGAGCCCAGGACUUUCUAGCGAGCUACGAGUUUCCUGUGGCCCCAGCCUAGCCCGGCGCCAUGGAGAAGAUCAGCUCUUUCUUCAGCAUCAUUUGGGACACCAUCUUGACCAAACACCAACAGGGCCUCUUUAACACCAUCUGCCUGGGCAUCCUGCUGGGGCUGCCACUACUAGUGGUCAUGACAUUCAUCUUCAUCUGUUGCCACUGCUGCUGGAGCCGGCCAGGCAAGAGUGGCCCACAGCCGGAGCGAAACAAAGGGAAGAAGAAAAAGAAGAAGAGGAAGGCCGAGGAAGACCUCUGGAUCUCUGCUCAGCCCAAGCUUCUCCAGAUGGAAAAGAGGCCAUCACUGCCUGUCUAGUUAGGCAGGGAGCAGAGGCGUCCUUCCUCGGGGACUAAGCCACCUUCCAAACACACACAGGCUAGAGAGCAGCAAUGCCCAAAGUGAUGCACUCGUGUCCACAGAGGAACUAACCAAAGGACGAACCUCAGGCUGAGCGUCCCCGUGGAGGACACCCCAGAAAGAAUAUGGACAGUUCUUGGGCACUGUCUUGGCAGCUAUGUGUCCGAUAACAAUGCUCUUUACCACAGACUCAGGCAUCCUUUCCACCUGCAUCCCGCAAGCUCCAUCCGCAAAAGUACAAGGAACGUUUGUCCAUACAUCUUGACACGUCUCCCAGAUGCACACACAUGCCCACCACGCACACAAUAGUGCCCACACGCACACACAUAUACACACGCGUGUGAAUUCAGGCAACAGGUACCUGGGCAAAUAUAUUCUGUUCAUCAAAUGGUCAUUGACGACCUACUUUGUACAAGUACAUCAUCUUCUCUCCCAAAAAUUUCUCAUAGGAAGGCCUGGCCGGAUUCGGGCACUCGUGCACAAUUACAUACCCAGAUAAGGUACCUGUCCACUGUCUACUCCAUACGCCACUCAGGUUAGAGAUAUGUGUUUUCCUAUUCCUAUCCCCACACAACCUUUUACUGGAAAUCCUCAUGUUUGGGCACUCCAGCAAUACACAACUGUAUCAGGUUGUGCAUCGACACAGACAAGCCAAGUUCUUGUGUUUCUCACAUGGGAGAAAAAGUUUCAAGUGAGGAAUCAAAAUCCAUUGAAAGCUGUAUCUUGCAACUCAUGACAAGGUCCCCAUCACCACGGAUCAGUAUCGAAUGCUGUCUAAGACCUCUUUUUGAGACGCUACCCCCAGAACCACUCAGCAAGGUGCCCUUCUCCAAGCACAAACUAACAGCUCUUGGUGGUGACUUCUAGAAUGUUCUGGAAACCAAGGAUACUCCAUUCACUUCCGUGAACUGCAGUUGUGAGCCUGUGCAAUGUUUUACAGACGGGAAGGAGAUGCUACAUCUGACAGACACCUGACCUAGGGAUUUCCUAUGUAACCAAAGCUUCUCAGCAGGGAAGGAAUUGAGGCAAUAUCCGGUACAGUCUCGCGGAAGGCACACUGGAAAAAAAUUCAUAAGGUUGUAAUGGAUGUGUGGCAUGUUGCAGAUGGGAUACAGAAGUUACAGACUUUAAAUGAAAGUAGAGCGAAGCUAUAUAGAGGUUUAUUAAUAUUUAUCUUGAAGCUCAGGCAAGUGCCUUGCACACAGUAGGUACUCAGAACUGUCUGUGGAUGCUGUUGGAUACGUGAUGAUGUUGAGGGUCAACGUGUAAUACCUCGCCAAUCCCCCCGAGUGACCUUCUGUUCUGAGCCCGCUAAUUGCUCCAACGGAUGGAAGUUGGGUAUUGAGUGCCUCACAGGCAUGCGCAGAACCGACAGUCAGAUUGGCCUGUGCGCCCCGAGAUCCACGACUGAGUUGAGGCGAGUGUCUCCCCACCAGGCUGAGGUUGGGAGGCCGAGUUAAUCCACAUACGUGAGGAGAUGGUUGGUAUUUUGAUUGUAAUGUGACUAUAUGACAAAGAUGGAUAAUUCCCAAAUUGGAAGCGGGUUGUGCUCUGAAAGGUCACUUGCAAAUCUGCUGGGUAGCUCUCUUGAAAUAUUUUCCCACAGAAGCUGUUCUAGGAGGCAGUAAAAUUGCAAUUUAAUUAACAA